AUGAAUCGUUUUGUUAUCCAUAUUUACGGCGAGGAGGGCGAAAGGAUGAAAUUAGCUGAAAAAAUAAAUGCUUAUCUUCCAAUUACUGUAAAAGUUAAUGACCCAUUGCCUAAGACAGCUUGUCUUCACUGCAUCGAGCGAUUAGAAGCUCAUCACGAGCUCAUGGAGAAGAUAAUGAUUGCUAGAAAGAGACUGGGAAUAGAGCCGGAUAAUAAUGCCAGCCAGGCUCCAACUUCAUCCCCAGCAUCAUCCCAGCCUUUAGGAGUAACGUCAACGGAUUCAUCACCUCCUCCACCAACCUCAACACAGCAAACCCAGUUAAAUUCACCUCCAUGUUGA